UUCCUCUGUGGACAGGAAUUCUUCAAAAGGAUUUGCAUACACAAUAUCGGACAGAAAGUAUCGUAGGUGGAGAUGCCAUUUAUAGGAUAAUCUGUCUUGGCCUCUACAGAAUGUGGGAAGAACAGACCUAACCAUCUGCCUUUAAAUGGAAUGGAAUAAAGAUCUUGCAUGGUCGCUGAAGACUUUAAUUUCUAUAUUAUGAUAUCAAUUAAUAACAAGUUAAGAAGGAUUUCUGAAGAAACUCAUGCAGUUAAAUUAGAAGUUUUACAAUCUUUAUGUGUUAUUCAUGUUAUAUGAAGUAUGAAAUUUAUAAAAUGACGCAAUGGAUGAUAUAAAUAAUAAAAAACAACAAGUUUUUAUAUGAUAUCAAAGAAACUUGUUAAUUGAAUAUGGGUUUAUGUACAAUUUAAACAAAGUAACCUGGCAACAAUUUGUGUGGCUACAACAAUUUAAACAAAGUAUUGGAUGACAUAAAUACACUAAAAACAACAAGUACUUGACAUGACAACAAAGAAACGUGUUAGCCACAACAAUCCAUAAAUUAAAACGAAAAUGGAUUUAUACACCAUCCAACAAAGUAACCUGGCAACAAUUUGUGUAGCUAAAACAAUCCAUAAAUUAAAGUGAAUACAGAUUUCUAUACAAUUCCAACAAAAUAACCUCUCAACGAUUUGUGUAGCUGCGCACCAAUCUAUACAUUUAAAUGAAAAAGGAUUUAUACAUGAUUUCAACAAAAUAACCUCGCAACAAUUUGUGUAGCUACAAAGAUCCAUAAAUUAAAGUGAAAAUGGAUUUAUAUACAAUUCCAAGAAAAUAACCGCUGAACAAUUUGAUUGGCUACAACUAUCCCCCAGAGGGCGCUAGUAUGUCCUCCAGGGCUACAAGAUGAGUAUGACUCGUGUACACUGCUCGUGUGGUACCCCAAUGUGCACCAGCAACGGAUACGUACCCAUCGCAAAAGACCGUCAUGACAGAUUCAAACUUAGAGACAGGGGCCAUAAACCUGAGCCAAUGAAGUUUGAAGGGUUUACAAAGUACCUUACACACCAUGAUGACCACACAACAAGCAAAGGACCCAAGAGGAAGAAGCAAAAGCAAGCAUCGGCCCUGAGAAUCAUGUCCGAGCUUGGAUCGGAGAGUAAUGCUCAUGGACUUGCAAAGAUUGCCACUUCAGUGACGACGAAGCGUAAGGUGCUCUGGUCGCUUUUGGUGAUAAUUGGUUUCACUGCCGCCACCAUGCAACUGUCGCUUCUCGUCUCAAAGUUUCUGGCGUAUCAAGUGGUAGAGGUGUCUCAAAUGAAGGAAGGCAUGCCAGUGGAGUUUCCGUCCGUGACCUUGUGUAACAUAGCAACCAUCUCCUUAACCAAGGUCAAUGAGCUUAUCAUUCGAAAUGAAACAGACAUAAUGUCUUGGUUCACAUUUAUUAAGAACGCAAAGUUUGGCGAACAUACUGAUCGUAUGGAUUCGCACCAAGCGUUUUAUGAGAACCUGCCUGAGGUUGGCAAAGCUAUCGGUCACAGUAUUGACAACUUUGUUAUCAGCUGCAGGUUCAACACAAAGCCAUGCAGCUCAGCCAAUUUCACUUUGUACUUUGAUGGCAAAAAUUACUACAACUGCUUCACCUUCAACAGCGGGUAUGAUGAGGUAAAGAAAGAACCGAAAGAGCAAAAGCUUCUAAUGCAUACAACAGGACCACAAAACGGCUUGUCAGUGAUAUUAUCUCUCGAAAAUGAUAACCCUCCUGCCGGUGCCUAUGGACUGUAUGACGUUAAAAACCACAUAGCCUUCAGUGGCGGAGUUCGAGCCCAAGUGCAUGCUCCCAACACUAUGCCAAGUCCGGCUGAUCAUGGCUUCGAUGUUCCACCUGGGUAUUCUACCUCCGUAGGUCUCAAAGCCGUACUGCAUGCUAGACUUCCAAAUCCACAUGGCAACUGUACUUACAACCACUUAGAAGGGGACCGUUCCUACAGGAACACGAUCUUCAGCUGCCUUCAGCUGUGCAAACAAAGGAUUUUGGUUCAUUGGUGUGGGUGCAAAACGGCUGCAUUGCCAAUGUAUAAAGAAACGGAUCCGAAGAAGCAGAAUUUGCCUUUUUGUGGUGCUAUUAAAAACUGGCGCAACACUGAAGCGUACCUGAACAAAUCGCGAGUGGACAUUGAUACACUGAAGUGCGAAGAGGAUUUGCUGAACAACCUCAACAAUGACAGAAGCUAUGAGAACAAAUGCAACUGCUUUCAACCUUGUGAUGAAACCUCAUAUCAAAAGUCUAUAUCCCUCUCGUACUGGCCUCUGGAAUUCUAUCAGUUGGACGCUUUGCGAAAUUUAUACCAAAACAACACAAUAACCUCGAGUCUCAUAAAAGAAGUAAGAGAAAAAAUGGACAAUCUACAAUCACGGUUUGACCAAUACUUGCUUGAAAACAGAAGAGAAGAAUACAACCAGACUGACCUGGAUACGUUAAUAAGAGCAUCCACAGUUGUUAGGCAAAAUUUGAUCCGAUUGAAUAUCUACCUAGAGGACCUGAGUGUUGUGGAAUUCAAGCAAAUGCCCGCGUAUGAGCUGGCAGAUUUAUUCGCGGAUAUAGGAGGAACACUUGGACUUUGGAUGGGCAUUUCUGUGCUGACCAUUAUGGAGCUAGUGGAGCUUUUGAUACGAGUCACCAUGCUGCUGUUUGACUCGGAAUCCUCCACAGUGAACAGUAGCCUGGACGUAGGCGACACCAAGGAGUCACAGAGCAUGCUUAACAUAAACCACGACAACAGCAUAUCAAACAAAUACAACCAUUUCCAGUAUGAUAAACCCUUCUUCCACCAACCAAUUGCAAGAACUGCAGAGUCUCCUAUUUAGCAGUUUUAGAAAGGUUUUCAAAUAUGUUCUGGCCAAAAGCGUUUUUUGUUUAAAAAAUACUACAUAUUUUGGAAUACAGUCAAAACGCGAUACAAUGGAUAGUCAAUCAAGAGAGAUAAGGAAUUGUACAUAGUACCACAACUUUCGUAGUAUUGCAUUUUUCAGAUUUUAAAGCACUGUUCACGGUAUGUCGUAUUAUCAGUGCUCUUAAAACUGUUGUUAACACGAUUAUUAUGCCGUGACUUAUUCUAAUUGAUAAUUUAACAAACAGUCUAAACAAUACAUUUGUAAAAGCGAAUCUUUUGUUCUAUUGCGCUAGCAUAAAACACAUUAUUUAAGUAAGAUAUGUAAGGAAUUUUUGUAGCUUCUGCAAACAUAUUCCCAGUAUCACAUUAUUUAUUUGUAUCAGAUUCAAUGCAUCAUGUUUUGACUGUACAUGGAAACCAUUCCUAUUAAACUUUUUGUGUUUCAUUUUUCUGAAAUAAAUAAGGACAACAAAAUUAUUAUAUUUAUAUGUAACACAUUAUUUCUAUCAACUUCUAGUAUUAUCUAGUAUGAUAUUAAUAUGCAACAAAUAUUUUUUAAGAGUUUUAAAUAAAAAGCCCAUCUGAAGUUAGGGCCAUUAAGCGGGAAUAUAUACAAUUAAGCAUAACAGCAUUACUUAAAAAGUUCAAUGUUACUGUAACUAUGAUGAAAGUAUAUACCGGUAAUAUAAAUUUGCUCAUGGUUUCCAAAUUAACCAUGUCUUUGUGCCUUUUCCUAUUUAAUGCCAUUUCAUCUCCAAAUCAAUAAUUUCUAUCAUUAGAGUUGUGAUUGACAGUUAUACUAAAUCACAAAAUAGGAUAGAAUCUUUUCAUUAAAAAAAUCAUUUUUUUUGGAAAGCAUGUUUGUUCCAUAAAUAAAAAUCAUAAUCACCAUCAGGGUCAUCAUUAUCACCAUCAUCUGAAGUGUCAUCUUUCUUUUCAUGCACAUUUAUUCUCAUAUUUGUAGGAAGGAUAAUGGACAAACAUGUAUUAUGUUUGCGGCGACACACAUAUAGUGUGUUGUCUUGAUGUAUGCCGUAAGCAUUAAAACAUAUAACUUUUGCAUACACUCCAACGUCACAAUUGUUCAGUGGAUCCAUUCUAGUAGUAUCCAACUCUUUCUUGAGGCACAAGUACUGAUAACCAGAAGGAAAACAAUCAGUAUCUCAAAACAUCUACAACCACUAUCUCAAUUUUACCGGCACCGCUAUAUAAAAAUUCACCAAAACUUUAAAACAACCAACAACAAUAUCUCAAAACGUCUGACACCAAUAUCUAGAAAAAGGGCUGACAUCAAUAUCUCAAAAUGACUGACACCAAUAUCUCAAAAUGAAUGACACAAAUAUCUUGACUGACACCAAUAUCUCAAAAUGACUCACAACAAUAUCUCAAAACAACUGACACCAAUAUCUCAAAAUGACUCACACAAAUAUCUCAAAAUGACUCACACAAAUAUUUCAAAAUGACUCACACAAAUAUCUCAAAAUGACUUGACACCAAAAUCUCAAAAUGACUGACGCCAAUAUCUCAGAAUGAAUGACACCAAUAUCUCAAAACAACUGAAACCAAUACCUCAACAUGACUGACACCAAUAUCUCAAAAUGAAUGACAUCAAAUAUCUCAAAACAACUGACACAAAUAUUUCUAAAUGAAUAUCACAGAUAUUACAAAAUGACUGUAACCAAUAUCUCAAAAUAAAUGACACAAAUAUCUCAAAAUGACUGACACCAAUUUCUCAAAAUGACUAAUGCCAAUAUCUCAAAACAACUGACACCAAUAUCUCAAAAUGACUUGCACCAAUAUCUCAAAACAACUGACACCAAUAUCUCAAAAUAACUGACACCAAUAUCUCAAAAUGAUGGACACCAAUAUCUCAAAACAACUGUCCUCAAUAUCUCAAAACAACUGACACCAAUACCUCAAAAUGACACACAACAGUAUCUCAAAGACUGACACCUUUAUCUCAAAAUGACUGACAUCAGUAUCUCAAAAUGACUGACAUCAAUAUCAAAAAUGACUCACACAAAUAUCACAAAACAACUGACACCAAUAUCUCCAACAACUGACACCAGUAUCUCAAAAAGACUGACACUAAUAUCUCAAAACAAAUGAGACCAAUAUCUCUCAAAGCGACGAACACCAAUAUCUCAAAACAACUCAUACCAAUAUCUUUAAUCGACUGACACCAUUAUCUCAAAAUAACUGACUACAAAAUCUAAAAAUUACUGACACCAAUAUCUCAAAAUGACCCACACCAAUAUCUCAGAACAACUCACACCAAUAUCUCAAAACAACUUACACCAAUAUCUCAAAACAACUCACAUCAAUAUCUCAUAACAACUCACACUGAUAUCUCAUAACAACUCACACCAAUAUCCCAAAACAACUUACACCAAUAUCUCAAAACAACUCACAUCAAUAUCUCAUAACAACUCACACUGAUAUCUCAUAACAACUCACACCAAUAUCUUAAAACAACUCACACCAAUAUACAGGCUGUCAAGUGACCUUUUUUCAAAAAGUAGGAAAAAAUAGGAACUACUUUUGCAAGAAAAGUAGGAAAAAAGUAGGAAAAAGUAGGAACUUUUCCCUCAAAAGUAGGAAUACAUAAUACUUAUUUUUUAGACACAGGUCCAGGAAACAUAGCUUGAAACAGAGCAGGAGUGCCAUCACAUGUUCUGUAUGGAUACCCACUUGAAGCUACCUUAAGGGCCCAGAAGAUUUCAGCCUUUUGUACCUGUUCCUUGUGUGACGGAUGUACUUGCAUACAGAUAGAUUUAUCCCCACAACCCUGAGAGCUGCUUGGCUUUUGGGCAUUUCCAAACAAACGCUUUUGUGAAUUAUCAUGCAUGUAUUUCAUGUUUUCCUUGUGUUUUUAUCCAUCUGCAUGACUUAUAAGUUGAUUAGCACCAGAAUUACUACAAGAUGGACUUCAUUCAGACAGUACAAUAUCUUGCAAACUCAUUGCCGGUAUCUCUCUUGCACCAUGAUCCCAGUGUUUUUCCACUGUUGUCCAACUUCUCCAUCCAUGAAGGGUUAAACUUUGUUUUCCCACUAGGAAUUUUAGCACUUAUAGUGUAUCUAUGAUAAUUAAGUUUCAAGCAAAGCUACCCUGAUAAAGAAGUAUACAUGUAAUUAGAUGCUGUUCAUUUUGGUGUAUCAUCAAAUAAGUGGUUAGAGGUCUUCUGUGUAUGAUAUAAAAAUGGUAAUAUAUUGUGCAUGUUAUAUCCUUAAGCAGAAGACCAAAUUUAUUUAGUGAUACACCAACUUGUUGUACAAGAUUAAUACUAGUAUAUAAAGCAGUGUAAAUGCUCUGCUACAGCUACAUUGUGAAACCUUUAAAUUGACAAUAGGGUGCAGUUAUAAUGACUUAAGUUACAUUCAAAAUGACUGGUCAUUGCAGAGCAGAUUAUGCAACUGGAGAAAGGACCUUAUCACCUGACAUCUUUUAUGACAGCAUUGAUUGGGCAAUGAAACAGUUGCACUACAUUGUUUAUUCCAGUUUCAAAUAAUGGCUUUUACAUUAUUGAUGACUUUGCGGGAGUGUAAUAAUGCCGUUUAAUAAUUUUAAUACUUCGCUUUAACACCUUGAAGUUACCUCACUAGCUAUGGCAUCAUUAGACAAGAAUUGUGUUUGUCCGAAACGCAAUGCCCACUAUUGCGCAGCUUUGAAAUAAAAUUUCAAUAUAUCAUUUGGCAGGUUUAGAAAUUAUCUCCCUUUUAAAGCUUAUUACUUCCCUUGGAUUGUAUUUUUUAACUUUUGACCUUGAAGGAUGACCUUCACCUUUCACCACUCAAAAUGUGCAGCUUCAUGAGAUACACAUGCAUGCCAAAUAUCAAGCUGCCAUCUUCAAUAUUGCAAAAGUUAUGGCCCAUAUUAAAGUUUUCGGACGGACACACACACACAAACAGACAGACAAACGGACUGACAGUACAACUGCAAUAUGCCACCCUACCGGGAGCAUAAAAAUGUAUCAGGGCAUUUAGGCUCUGUGCAUUUAUCUUUAAUUACUAAACAUGAUGUACCUAUGAUAUCAAGAGAACAUCAUAUCCGUUGUAAUGUAAUACAGAAUUUAUUACAUUAUAUUUGUAAAUGAUGAAAACUCGGCAAAGCAUCAGUUUUAUCUUUUUUCCAAUAACUUGUGUAAUAAAUUCCAUAUUACAUAACCACUCAUACAAUACAUGUAUCUCUAUAUCUCUACAUUCCAAACAGCAAUAUCAUGUAAACAUGCAUAAGGUUUGGUCAAAUUGUUGUCAAUGGAAACAAAAUAAAACUGGAAUAAACAAUGGGUUCCCUCAGCUCUUGCAUCACUGGGAACUGUGUAAGGUAGUGAAGUCUGCAGUGUACAAAUGCUAAGGAAGUAAACAAGGCACUAUUGUUACUUCAAAAAAAAACUUGUCAAUAAUUUUAAAAGUUACAUAAGAAAUAAAUAUUUAUGCUCCUGAAGAGGUGCUAGCAGACAGUCAGCAUGGGUUGUCAGGUCUCAUCUAGAUGAAUGCACAUUAACAGGGAUACAGUCAUGCCAUAGAUUCAUUCAUCCUGCAAGUUUACUAAAUAAACUCUUAAAAAAAAAAAAUCUCCAUUGAAAAUGAAAAAGUAGGAAUAGUAGGAAGAUUUGGUAAAAAAAUAGGAAAAAGUAGGAUCCUUAUGAAAAAGUAGGAAAUAGUAGGAAAAAGUAGGAAAAAGUAUGACCGCUUGACAGCCUGAAUAUAUAAAAGCGAAUCACACCAAUAUCUUAAAACAACUCACAUCAAUAACUCAAAAUGACUGACACCAAUAUAUCAAAACAACUGACACCAAUAUCUCACAAUGACUAACACCAGUAUUCUAAAAAAGACUUAAACCAGUAUCUCAACAUGACUUACACCAAUAUCACAAAACAAAUUACAUCAAUAUCACGAAAUGACUGACACUUACAAUAAAAAGGUUGAAGAAAUAUUUAUAUAACCAAAUACAGCUUUAUUAUUGUUGAUAAUGUGAUUUAACUAUAAUGAACCUGUUGAUUCACCGUUCCCAAGUUUUGAUUUAAGAAUACCCACAGGGCUUACUCCCUAUUACUUACGGACCAUCAAGCAGUCAAAGAUAUUCCUUGUGUAUUUUGAGGAGUCUAUGUUAUGAUUGUCAUAUUAGAGCGACUUUCUGCAGAAACCGGGAUAAAUGCAUGUGUGUUAACUGUCACCCCAGAUAAGCCUGUGCAGUCCACACAUUUUAUUUACAAGAGAUCUCCUUCAAAAUAAAAUUCCAUGAAAGCAGAAAGUUUCUUACCUGGGAUGACACCUUACGCACAUGCAUUAAGCCCAGUUUUCCCAGAAUCAUUUGAUUGUGAUUAUAUUUAUACAGAUAUGUUUUGUUGUGUUAUAUAUAUGAUAUUAACAAUGUAAAUAAAUUGUUUGAAACAUCAA